UUAAAUCCAUUAUUUUAUUUUAUUCUUCAGUAACACUCAGCAGGAUAGAGAGGAGGACGGAGAAUUCUUUCCAUCCCUUCGGAUCAGGACGGUUCCCGAAGAGGGUGCUCCGGGUCCUAAGACGGAUAGAUCAUAUAUUGCUCAGGGUCAUCCUGCUAGCCCUUCAUAUCCAGAGAUAAUGGGGGAUCGGAGACUUAGUGUUACCUCCUCAAAGCAGAGACAGUAUGACAGAGAUACAAUCAGUAGAUACGAGUUUGGAGAAACCAGCGAUAUAUAUGGAGAUAGUCUGGUGGAUAUCAGACAAAAUAUAGACAUCAGACACAUUCAAGACACCAGACACUUACCAGACACUAGGCACGUACAAGAUAACAGACGUAUUGAAGAUUCCAGACAUGGAUUACCAGACGCUAGACAUGGUUCUGAUAUCAGACAUGGUUUGGAGACAAGACAAGGAACGGAUUUCAGACCCGGGACGGAUAUCAGAUACGGGAUGGAUCUAAGACUCGGAGUAGAGAACACCAAAUAUAAUCCCCGUCCUGGAUCCCCAAAUCUCAAAAGCAGAUCUAACUCUAACAGUUCGGAAAAUGUGAGCCAAAGAAAGGGAUCUAGCAGCAGCAGUCGUAAAAAUUUACACCGGGAUCCGGAUAUAUCCGAUCGGAGAACACACAGUCGACUUUUCUCCGGUAAAGACAUUGAUCCGGAAUAUUCUUCGGAGCGGAGACGAGAUUCCAAGGACGGAUUGGAUAAAGGUUCUGUGGUUUAUAAAGAUAUAUCCCAUCUUGUAAAACCAGUGUCUCAUGGAACCUUCGUCAGAGCUCCAGCACCAACAGGAGACCUCCAAGCAAACUAUGAUCCUCGAAAUUUUAGUUUCCGUUUGAAGGAUCGGGAGAGCGUUGUUGUAGAGGAGAGCAGCCGAAGAUGCUCCUGGAGGGAUGCUUGCUGCUCCUCUCUAUACCUUGGGGUAGCAGCUAUUAUACUAACCCUAGUCGUCUUUCUUCUCUCUACCUCUCCUCACCACUACAGGGGUCGAUAUAUAACCUCAUAUUAUCCUCGAAAUGAUAUCAGUUGA